CUCUGAGAGUCACAAUUUCUAUUCGCCUUUUAGUCAGAGACGGUAAAGGGUACAAUACUGCCAAAAGUCUCGAAAAUUCGACGCCUCCGAGGAAUGGCUUCAUAAUUUUGAUUGCAUUUAACCCCUGAGUCUUUGUUUCCUUUAUGCUCUUCCGUGGUUUGCAAAGUCCUGUGCGGCGCCCCCGAGCGCGCCUUACGCAGAUGGCAGCUUAUUUUUGCGCUGGUGGCAUGCCUUCCCAAAAUGCAGCAGCUGCCCUUCCAAUUGAUAAUCUUCCAAAAAGCCAUGUCUUUACCGAUAAACUUCCUCCAGAUCCAGCGUUUCCCGGACCGUCUGACUCUCACAAAGCGCCUCGGGAGACGCUGGGGCCGCGCCUCGUAAAGGGGGCGUUAUAUACCUAUGUUCGUCCGGAAUCUCAAUAUGAAUCCGAGUUGUUAGCAGUUAGCAGUGCAGCCAUGAGAGACAUUGGACUUAAAGAUAGCGAGGAGCAGUCAGAGAGGUUCAAGGCUGCUAUGGCUGGCAAUGUCAUCUUUUGGAAUGAGGCUACGAAAGAGGGGGUGUACCCCUGGGCCCAAUGCUAUGGAGGCUGGCAAUUUGGCUCAUGGGCCGGUCAACUUGGGGACGGACGGGCAAUAUCACUCUUCGAAUCUACAAAUCCUAGUACCAACAUUCGCUACGAGAUCCAGCUCAAAGGUGCUGGUAGAACUCCAUACUCUCGAUUCGCAGACGGCAAGGCUGUCCUCCGUUCGAGCAUUAGAGAGUUCAUCGUCUCGGAAGCACUCAAUGCGCUAAGGAUCCCAACCACUCGCGCUCUCGCUCUGACCGCUCUCCCUCAUUCAAGAGUCUUACGGGAGCGCAUGGAGCCUGGUGCAAUUGUUGCACGUUUCGCUCAAAGUUGGCUGAGAAUUGGAACUUUUGACUUAUUAGCCGCCCGCGGCGACCGUGACCUGAUCCGAAGACUAGCUGAUUAUGCUGCCGAAGAAGUCUUUGGCGGCUGGGAAGCAUUGCCAGGAAAAGAAAUAGAAGACCAGAAAGAAAGGCUAGUGGGGCCAGUAGAAAACGGGCUACCAAAAGAUAAGAUUCAAGGUGCUGGAGAAACCGAAGAGAAUCGGUACACGCGAUUGUAUAGGGAAAUAGUCAGAAGAAAUGCCAGAACAGUGGCGGCAUGGCAAGCUUAUGCCUUUACAAAUGGUGUUUUGAACACCGAUAACACCUCUAUCUUGGGCCUUAGCAUAGAUUUUGGACCAUUCGCCUUUCUGGACGAUUUCGAUCCCAAUUACACUCCAAACCAUGAUGACCAUCUGUUGAGGUAUUCCUAUAGAAACCAACCGACAAUUAUAUGGUGGAACCUCGUCAGAUUGGGGGAAUCACUUGCAGAGCUCAUAGGGGCUGGAGCCAAAGUUGAUGACGCCCAUUUCAAGGAGAAGGGCGUGACAGAAGACUUUCUUCCAGAGCUGGUUCGGCGUGCCGAGACCGUCAUUGAAAAGAUCGGGGAGGAGUAUAAAUCCGUCUUCCUGGAAGAAUAUAAACGCCUUAUGACCGCUCGGCUUGGUCUGAAAACCACAAAGCAAGGGGAUUUUGAGACACUCUAUUCAGAGCUUUUGGACACCAUGGAGGCACUUGAAAUUGACUUCAACCAAUUUUUUCGCAAGCUCUCCGGAUUGAAAUUUGCCCAAUUAAAUAAUGAGAAAGAGAGAAAGAAAGUAGCGGAGAUUUUCUUUCAUCGUGAGGGCGUGACGGGAAUCAACAACACCGAAGAAGCUGCAAGGGAGCGCAUAAGCAACUGGCUUCAGAUCUGGAAAAAUCGAGUAUUAGAGGAUUGGGGUGAAGGCUUCGAGUUGGAACGCGAACAGGUUAUGAAGGAAGUAAACCCAAAGUUCAUCCCGAAGUCUUGGGUCUUGGAUGAAGUUAUUCGCCGCGUUGAAAAGGACAACGAUAGAGCUGUACUUCAGCAGGUUCUGCACAUGGCUUUACAUCCCUUUCAAGAACGCUGGGAAGGAAAUGACUCGGACCAAGAAAGGUUUUGUGGAGACGUACCCCGCCUUGGCAGAGCAAUGCAAUGUAGCUGCAGUUCUUAAACCCUGAUUCAGCCGGCUGUUGCCUGUAAUUGAGGCUAGAAAUGGUUGCAGUAAAUCUAGGAAUGCUCGGGCUUUUGUUUGUCAAAUCCCCUCGGGGUCCAUAGAGGUGGCGGAUAGCAAAUCAUUGAGCAUUGGUGCUUAUCUUCGUUGUUCGUAGGCGUACUCAUAGAAGGUAAAGCCCGGGGCUCGAAUUUUUUCAAGCUUGCGAGAUGCAGCUGGCAGGCUCGUGCAAAGAACGACUGCGUUGCUCUUGAAUGAAAACAAUCUACGCUCCGGAUUGCGCAUUGUGAAAAUCGCUGCUGUGAUUAGUACGAGCUGCAAUUUGC